AAGCACUAGUGAAAGUGAAACUGCGCCUUUGACCUGUGGAAAAGCUAGUCUGCUGAUGAACUUGGCGUGUUGAAUUUUGACUGGAUCAACCCCACGUGUCCUUUUCACUUCUUACACACCACUGGUGGAGUUAUUAGCGUUUCUGUCUGCUGACGAACUUGGUGUGUUGAACUUUGACUGGGUUCACUGUAGAAAGAGUUCCCUUUAAUCUGCAGAUUUCCUCAUCAUGAUGAAGCUGAUCCUGUCUCUCACUCUCAUCUGGACUCUCUCCAGCACAGCUGAAGCUCUUCAGUGUUGGCAGGGUUUAGGAGAUGAAACACUGACGUUACGUCCAUGUGCUUCUACUCAGCUGUGUGCAACUAUUGUUGAACAAGUAAUUAGGAAUGGGAAUCUCAUAAACACCACUAGGUGGUCCUGUUUGCCAUCCUCUGAUUUCAGUGAAGGAAACCACACAUUUUCACUCAAUGUUGGUUUUCGGGCCAUGUCUACAUCACUUCAUGUGUGUAACACAGAUGGCUGCAACAAACAAGCCAUACCGUACCCUGAUAUUCAAAAAAACAACCUGCAGUGUCUCACCUGCGAUGAUCGAUCUUCCCCUGUGUGUAACAAGACAGUACAGUGUGUGGGAGUGCAGGACCGCUGCAUUAAUGGGACAAUGGAAGAUCGUGGGAACACAGCAUUUAAUACCUUGGGAUGUGUCUCUUCAAACCUCUGUGAAGAUGUUUCUAAGUUGGAGUUCUUCCUGUCUGCUAAAUUCCUUCAACCACCAAAAUGUUGUGAAGGCAGCAUCUGUAGCUCAGCCUGGUCUGUCAGACUGAAUGUGAUGACUUUGCUGUUUGGACUCAUUACCCUUAUCUUCUACUAGAACAAAGAGAAACAAAUUAAAUAGCAUGUGUGUGUGAAUAAGGCAAAUACAUCUAUUAUCUUCUCAUUCAUUUACACAGUGAGAUGUCUUCAACAGUUUAAAUGUUUUAGCUUGGUAAAUACUUAUUUUAAUCAUAACUGCAAAAUCCAAUGAGUAAGUAACAAGCACCUAUGUAUCUAAUUAGUGAAGACUCCUUCAGUA